GCGCCGCCAUUUUGUGAGGCCGCCGCUGCCGCCGCCGCCAGCGCCAUGCGUCCCGGCAUCAAACUGUUCGUGGGCAAUGUCCCCGAGGAGGCGACGGCGGAAGAAUUGAGCGAACUGUUUUCCGGGGCCGCCGGCCCGGUGCUCGGCAUCGCUUUGAUGAAACAGUUCGCUUUCGUUCACCUCCGGGACGAAGCGGCGGCGGCCCGCGCCAUCACGCAGCUCAACGGCCAUCAGCUGCACGGCCGCCGCAUCGUGGUGGAGCCGUCCCGGCCGCGGCCCACCAACACCUGCAAGAUUUUUGUCGGCAACGUCUCGGCCGCCUGCACCAGCGGCGAGCUGCGGUCGCUGUUCCAGCAAUACGGCACCGUCGUGGAGUGCGAUGUGGUCAAAGACAGCGUUUUGGUUUUAUCCAAGCAGCUCCUCGAUGUGACACGGAAUCGGCUCGGCUGCCCUGGGGUGAGCAGUGCCCGUCCCUACGGAGCGCUCACCGCGUCGCUGAGGCCGAGCGGGGCUCCUCCUCGCUGCUGGAAUUCAACUAUAAAACCUUACAAAAGCAUUUUGUGUCCCUCGUCUUCCCUGAGCCGCAGAAUGCAGUGCGUCCUCUGCAGCUGUUCUCUGACACCAACACCGCUUGCUUUGGUUCAUUGCAGGGCCGGUGGCAGCAAGAGGGUCCCGAGGAGCGGCAGAAACAGCUUUGAGGUAGAGCAGGAGGAGCGCAGCCACAGCCAGAGGUGCGCUGGUAGGAAUGAGCUGAGUGGCAGCGCUGGAAAAGAGACCAAAAGUCAUCGCUGUACCCGGGGAGAUGCUGGAAAGGAGAUGUGAGAAGCUCGUAGGAGAGGCAGCUAUAGCUGUAGGAGGCAGCCAGGGGAGCAGGUGAGAGCUGCUGGGCAAUGCCACGACCCCCAGAAUUGGGGCUGGGGGAUGAGGGGCUUCCCCAGAACAGGAGCAUGGGGCCACAGGGUCAGGAUGUAAAAGGCCCAGGCCUUGGCCCCAAAGAGCGUUUAAUUGCAUCGAGUAAUGAGCCAGCAAGGCCAAGGGGGAAGGCGGGGGGCGUCUGCAGGGUCCUUAACGAGCCAGCCCCGUUAAUUAGCCUGGCAUCAGGAUGAGGGCGGUGUUAAGUGGGGCUGUAAGGCAGAGCUGCUGCCUCAGGGGUCCCUUCGUUUGCAGCCUGAUGGUGGUGAGUGCAGGGGAAGGGGAAGCGCCCGCACAGGAGACACAGGCCCGGGUUCGUUAAGAGGUUCGUUAAAAGAGUUUAUUUGACUGGAAAGA